AUGUCUCAAAUAUCAAAUCGAUCAUUUUUAAAUAUUCAAUGUUUGUUAUUAGAUUAUCUUCUUCGAAUAUUUAUUCAUAUGGAUCAAUGGUUAAAUGCAUGUGUUGCUUGUGAAAGAGCAAUAACAAUUGUUAGAGGUGCUAGUUUUGAUAAAAAGAAAAGCAUAAAAAUAGCUAAAUUUACUAUUAUUUUACUUUUAAUUUUUAAUAUUUUUAUAUUUAUUCAUGAACCACUUUAUCGACAUUUGAUUGAUGAUAUUGAUGAAGAUACAAAUGAAAAACGAGUUUGGUGUGUUGUUACUUAUUCAUCGAGUUUAGAAAUCUAUAAUUCAACUAUAAAUACAUUUCAAUUUUUUACUCCAUUUAUAAUUAAUUUGGUUUCAGCUUUUAUUCUUAUAACAAAAAAAUCUCGUCAACAAUCAACUAUUCAACUAAAACGAAAUUUUCAAGAUAUUUUAAAAGAAAAUUAUCGAGAACAUAAACAUCUAUUUAUUGCACCGGUGGUAUUAGUUAUUCUUGCUUUACCACGUUUAAUUAUUUCUUAUAUAUCAAAAUGUAUGCAGUCAAGUAAUGACUCAUGGUUAUUUCUUGUAGGAUAUUUUAUUUCAUUAAUUCCAGCAAUGCUUACUUUUAUUGUGUUUGUAUUACCAUCAAAGUUUUAUAAAAAAGAAUUUAAUAAGACAAUUGUGCAAUAUCAAACUAUUAUACAACGACGUUUACACAUUGCUUCAUAA